GGGGUAUACACCAUCUCAUCCUCUCUCCUCCAGGUGCCAACAUCACUUGCCCUCCUGGGCUCUGACCCGGACCAAACUCAUCAUGCCUCGGGGUCAGAAAAGUAAGCUCCGUGCCCGUAUGAAACGCCGUCAGUCCCAGGAAGAGACACUGGAUGUAGAAGGGGAUCAGACCACUGCAGCAGUUGAAGAGGAGUCCACCUCCUAUUCCUCUUCUCGUUUCCAGAGUACUCCCCAGAGUUCGCCAGCUGCUAUGUCAGGUACCAAUCCCACCAUCACUUCUAAUGGCGCUGUUUCAUACACAAGGGUUAAUGAAGUUGCCAGCUACCAAGAAAGUCCAGGCCACGGGCAGGCCCAGCCCACCGCUGAGCAUUUGGGCAGAGGCCCUAUAGAUAAGAAGGUGAUUAUAUUGGUAUAUUACCUGCUGUACAAGUAUCAAAUGAAAGAGCCCAUUAAGAAGGCAGACAUGCUGAGAAAUAUAAUCCAAAUAUACAAGAAGCAAUUCCCUGAGAUCCUCAGGAGAGCCUCUGAGCACCUGGAGCUGGUCUUUGGCCUUGACUUGAAGAAAAUGGACCAUAACAGGCACAUCUAUGUCCUCGUCAACAAAUUGGAAUUCAGCUACGACGGGAGGCUGAGUGAUGACAUAGGUGUGCCCACGACCGGCCUCCUGAUGACUAUCCUAGGCAUUAUUUUCAUAAACGGCAACUGCGCCACUGAGGAGCAAGUCUGGGAAGUGUUGAGUGUGAUUGGGUUAUAUGCUGGCAGGAAUCAUUUCAUCUUUGGGGAGCCCAGGAAGCUCAUCACCAGGGAUAUGGUGAAGCAAAAGUACCUGGAGUACCGGCAGGUGCCCAACAGUUAUCCUCCAUGCUAUGAAUUCCUGUGGGGUCCCAGAGCCCGUGCUGAAACCAGCAAGAUGAAAGUCCUGGAGUUUUUGGCCAAGAUCAAUGAUACCACGCCCAGUGCCUUUCCAUCCUGGUAUGAAGAGGCUGUGAAGGACGAGGAAGAGAGAGCCCAAGCCAGAGCUGCAGCCAGGGCUCGAAUUAGUGCCAUGGCUCAGGCACGUGCCAGGGCCGUGUCCCGCAGCUCCUCCUCUCCCCAGUGA